AUGAGCAAUUCUUCAGUAUCUUCGAGCUCUUCAUCUUCCCUCGGGGAACAUGAGAGACCGUCAGAGGAUCGGCCUAAAAUUUUACUUACGACCCCAAGUGAUCACAAUAACAACCAGGUGAAAUGGGACCAAGCAACGUCUCCUGCCAAAGUUUCUGGCUCUGAAAGAAGAAAUAAUCCGCUAGGCGGUCCAUCGAGAAGGUCUCCUCUACCUUCGAAUUCGCCCGGGAGAUUUAAUCAACGGGAAGAAGAUCCUAUUGUGUACGCAUAUUCUUCGCCAAAUUUAAGAGCCUUGAAUAAUAACCCGAAUUAUGAGCAGGCGCGGCUGGCUGACGGACUAUACGGUGGUGUUAGUCGUCCCAACUAUGUUGAUCCACUUUAUCAGCAAUUGAAUCCUACAAGGAAUUCAAACAAGAAAAAGCCGGUUUGGAGUUUGAACCAACCUUUGCCUCAUGUUGUGGACCAGGCAAUGGUUGACAGGAUGCUUCAAAAAAAGAGGUCUGGUAACAGAUCUAGACAAUCUUCGAGACCAGGCUCAACCGAUGUCUCACGCUCGGGUUCCAUGACGUCUAUGAACGAUUGGAAGAAGUUGAUAAGAAAGACAGCAUCAAAUUUGAAGCUGACGGAUCUUGAAGCCCAAAUUCCGGUACCGCAUGCGACUCCCCGCCCAUCAGGUGUUAGAGCAGACUCGUCUCGGAUUCCUAGUGAACCUGCUAAGAACCGUAUACCGCAUGGCGAUGUCAAUUUCUCCUUGGGCGAUGAGAGCUCCCCACCUUCUGUUCUCGAUGAAGAACCGCAGAAAGCAAAGAACGGUAAUUUGGACAAUGUAACUCAUAAGGAAUAUCUUCCAACAUCUCCAGAUAAAGAGUAUAGGGAAGCUGCACAAGGUGGAGAUGGUGGUGUCGAUGUGAAUGACGCUGGCGAUGACGAGUCCGAGGAAAUGGAGUUUCCAAACUUCUGGGCCAAAAUCAGGUACACUAUGAGAGAACCUUUUGCUGAAUGUUUUGGAACGUUGAUACUGGUUAUCUUUGGUGUUGGUGGUAAUUUGCAAGCGACUGUCACAAAGGGAGCUGGUGGGUCUUUUGAAUCGCUUUCCUUCGCUUGGGGUUUCGGAUGUAUGCUGGGUGUUUACGUUGCUGGUGGUAUCAGUGGUGGCCAUAUUAAUCCCGCUGUUACAAUAUCAAUGGCAAUCUUCCGUAAAUUUCCUUGGAAAAAGGUUCCUGUUUACAUUUUCGCUCAAAUUGUCGGUGCCUUCUUUGGAGGUGCAAUGGCUUAUGGGUAUUUUUGGAGUUCUAUCACCGAGUUCGAGGGUGGUAAAGAUAUAAGAACCGCAAAUUUGUCUGGUGCUUGUCUUUACACUGAUCCAAAACCUUAUGUUACUUGGAGAAACGCAUUCUUCGAUGAAUUUAUCGGUGGUGCCAUCCUGGUGGGAUGUUUGAUGGCUUUGCUUGACGAUACCAAUGCACCACCUGCCAGCGGUAUGACAGCAUUCAUUGUGGGAUUGUUAGUUGCAGGUAUCGGUAUGGCAUUGGGUUACCAAACCAGUUUCACCAUCAAUCCUGCUCGUGAUUUGGGACCUCGUAUCUUCGCUGCCAUGGUUGGAUAUGGUCGCCAUCCAUUCCAAAUAACUCACUAUUGGUGGAGUUGGGGUGCUUGGGGAGGCCCGAUAGCUGGUGGUAUUGCUGGAGCACUAGUAUACGACAUCUUUAUCUUUACAGGUAGCGAAAGUCCUAUCAACUACCCAGAUAAAGGAUAUGUUGAACGUAGGAUUGGGAAAUUGCUCCAUAAUGAGGACGCUGCUGACGAGAAGACUGUAAGCCCUGAUGCCGAUGGUGCUAACUCUUCAGAUACGUUGGUGCGGAACCAGGGUUCCAGCACCAAAUGA